UUUUUAUGGCUGCUGAAUAGCGAAAAAAAUCACAAAAUUGGCGAGCGAUUUGCUCUCAUGUGCUGGGAACUCUCUCGCAACUUCAAAAACAAUUGCGAAGAGUGAUAUAUCGCCGUAACUGCAAGAAAGAAAAAAAUUCUGAUUUGUUUUUCUAUUAGAAUUUUUAAGAUACCAUCAUAAAUUAGCGUGAAAAUAAAGUUUACAAACUCGGGGAAGAUCACGGAUUUCUUCAUUUUUAGUGCAUUUUCGGGGACCCCGCUUCCUGAGUCUGAACUAAUCCGUCGCAUGCUUUCGGAAAUAUGGCGCAGAAAAAUCCAUUUUAAUGACGUAAAUUUGUAUUUCGGCGGGGUUUUUGGCCAUGGAGAUGACUUCAGAGGGGCCUAUCGCUGUGAGCAAUUGUCUGGAAUUACUGGGAUAUAAUGAGCCGAAUACCUCCCAGGAAGAAAUUAGCGACUCCUCAAACGAUAAAGUAGUGAGGAAGGAAAGGAAAUUAUGUGAAAAGGAGAGACGCAAGAGGUUGGAUGAUGCUGUCACAAAAUUAGCUGCUGAAGUGACCGGACCUCCCAUGUAUGCGAAGAGGCCAGCAUUGCAUAAAUGUAUCACAUUGGCUCGUACAUACAUCAAGAACUUGAAGAUUGAAAACAACAAUUUAGAGGCUGAAAGGUACUGGCUGAUACACGAAAAUAGGGUUUUGUUGGGACGACUCACCGUGCUUGAGGUUCAGUGCAAAUUGCCCCCUACGUAUUCCACUAGACUAUGGGAGGAAGGGAGACCAAAACUCUGCACCAAUAUUGAAUGGGACGCUGUUGCGAAGGAUACGCCAAUAGACACGCGUGUUCAUACCGUAUACUUCAACAGCGCUGUGGAGAAUGUACGGAAGCUGAAGACGCAGCUGCAUGCAGAGUUCAGACGGCGGAACCCCAUCGAUGCAUUCCAGGAGAAGAUGGAGGAGGGAACGUGGUGCUCGGACGGGAAUUGCGCCGGGGCGCCACAUCAGAUACAUGCUUUUUUGGGGCAAGAUGUAAUCGGUGACUCCUCAGUGAAGCAACCUGAGAGUGUGAAGGAAGAUGAUGAUAAAAGGUGGCUGGAGGACAUGCCAAAGAAGAAGGAUAAAGGGUGCCUAGGUGAAAAGGUAAACCCAUCUUGUGCCUGCCCAAGGAAGAAACUGUGCAAUUGCACUGCGGAAAAAUCAAAGACAGCUGCAAAAAGAAAGAAUGAUGACCCUCCACCCGAAAUGAGGAAAGGACGGACAGAUAGUUCCUCAGCUAAAAAGCAAAAGAAGGAAAAAAAAAAGAAUAAGGAGAAGAAAAAGAAAAAGAAAAAGGAGAAGAAAAAGGAUAGGGAAAAGGAAAGCAACAGUAAGGCCAGAUAUAGUCCUUCAACCCUCCAUUACUUAAAGAAUGGCCUAGCUGAAACAACGAAUAUGGUCAACAAAGGGUCAAAGCUCAUUGUGGAUGAAAGUGGCAAGGUUAUCGGACUAGACUCAGCAGACUCUGUACUCUCUGGUAAACAACUUUAUGUGCUUCAGAUGGGGAACAACCAGGAAAAGGCAUCAAAAGCCAGUAGUAAUCUUCAAGUUAAUUUGGUACCACUUACCCCAGGCAAUGCAGUGCUUGUCUAUCAACCAACAACAUCUGGUGAAUCCACUGCGGUCCCUAGAUCUACUACCGGUCAAGCUCCAGUGCUUCAUGUCCGACCUCUGUAUACUCCUAUAUCCCUAAGCACGAGUAGACUCGAUUCCAGUCAAGGGAUUGGACAAGCAGGGCCAAAGUUGUUCUAUGAGUCUAACAGUCCAGGACGUAGCCAGCCCGGAGAAGUGACACAGAAUCCUUCGACUGUUCCAGGGUCCAUUGGUCUGGAUCUUGGCAAGAGAAGGGGAGACUUUGUGUUGGUGCCUGCAUCAUCUACCUCUGGGUUUGCCAAGGCUGCACUGAUGAAAGGGAAAACCCAGUCUGGUCCUGGACCCAUGAGUGUACAGAGUCAAGAUACUUACAAGGGGAUUAGUCACAAGGCUUCUAUGACAGCACCUAGGGCUUCCGAUGUAGGGUAUCACCAUCCAACUCUGAUGAAUGUCAAAUCAUAUACUGUUCCUGGAUCUUUAAGUGUUACAGAUGUGAACCCUAGGGGAGUUCGACAGGAGCAUUUCACUAUGGAACCUACAGCUUCCAAUAGACAUGUAGGGCAUCAUCAGACUACAGUGAUAAAUAACAAACCUUAUGUAGCCCCUACAACUGCAAAUGUAUUUGGUUUGAAUAUGAACAGUGGGAAUGGACAAGUGCAUUCUAUAUCAGUACCUGUAACUGCCUCUGCCAGUUCAAGGUAUCACUAUGCUAAUGCGAUGACAAAUAAACCUUGCACUGCCCCUGGAUCGGUAAGUGUACCGAGUUUCGAUCCCACCAAGGGAAGGGGACAAGAAUGUUUUACAGAGGCACCUGUAGUCCCUGGUGUAGGAUACCACCAAUCUGCUGUGAGCAGUAAUGAACCUUAUACUGCUCUGAGACCUGUAAGUGUACUGGGUCUGGAUCCCAGUGAGCGAACUGGACAACAAUGCUUGGCAACACUACCUGAAGCUUCCAGAAAGCAUGUGAGACAUCACCAGACUUCAAUGAUACCGGAGACAUCCUUCACUACUCCUUACCAGGAAUGUGGAAGCAAGCGUUUCUCAACAGUACCUGUAUCUCCCGAUGUAGGGCAUAUGGAAGACAAAUCUACUGCUGAUCCUAGAUCCAUAGAUGUGCAUGGUCUUGGUUAUGGCAAGGAAAAGGCACAAGAGCAUCUGUCAAUGUCUUCUGUAUGUCCCUCUAUCACGGACCUCCUUAACAAAGAAUUGAAUAACACACCCUCCGUUCUUCCUGGAUCUGUCAGUGCUCAGAGUCUGGAUCCUUGUGAGGGGAUUAGACAGGAGCAUUUCACAGAGGCACUUGUGGCUUCCAAUUCAGGGUAUCAACAUCUUAAUAUGAAUAACAAAUCUUGUACUGUUCCUCAGACUGUAAGUGUUCCUGUUAUGGAUCUUAGCACCAGAGUUGGACAAGAGCGUUCUAUACAAGUACCUGUAGCUUCAAGUGCGGGGCACAGCCAUCCAAAAGUGAUGAGUAACAAACCUUGUUCUGUGCAUGGAUCUGCGAGCAUACAAGGUCUGGAUCCUGACAAGGGAUUCAGACAAAGGGAUUUCACAAUAGUAUCCUUCGGUCCCAAUGUCCUGGAUCCUCUUCCUACAAUGCAAAACAAACCUUACUCCGCUCCUGGAUCUGUAAGGGCACUGGAUGUGGAUUCCAACAGGGGAAAUAGACUAGAGCUAUUCAGAAAAAGACCAGUAAAUGUCAUUCCCGGAAUAGGGUAUAACCAGGCUAAGAAGAUGAAGAGCAAAUCUUUGACUGCUCUUCAGUCCUCAAGCACUUCGAAUGUUGAUCCUUCCAGAGGAUGUGGGCAAGCAAGUGUCGGAGCAGCAUCAUCAUGUGCCAAUGUCGGUCAGAGCACACCAAAAGUGUCGACACAUGAACAGUGUGCCUCUGAGUCUGAACGUCCAGGAAAUCUGGAUGCUUGGAAAAUCACUUUACCACCCAAUGUCAAGGAUCACCAAACUCUUGGAACCAAAGGCUUUUCUCAAGUUAAAAGUAGAUCCGUCGACCACAGUAAUGAGCAUGUACGUUCUAGUGCGGUUAACGCACAAACCAAUGCCAAUGUCUCACCUCAUGUUGCAUUUGCAUCCGAAGAAUCACCAAAGGCAUCUGCCAAGGCAGAAGCAUCUGAAGAAGUGGACAAAAGCAGUAGUCCUGUCUCUUGCAUGUUGUGUGAUAAACCAUUCAAUAACGUAAAGGAACUCCAGGCACAUCUGGUUGAAAGCCAUACAAGCUAGGUUAGAUUGCAGAA